AAGACAAAGACUUCCGCGCUGCCGUUACGUCUGAUGAAAGUAAACAAUCAACAAGCAGAAUGUCACUCCCCCUAAACCCCAAUUCUUCCUUUCAUUUUCUCUUCUCCUUAAUUUCAGUUUUCCCACAUUUUACUUUUCUUGUUUACCAAACACACUCCACUUUUCUCUCUCCUAUAUGUUAAGUCUAAUCUCUUGGUCAUUGUUCCACUGGAAUUUCCAACACCCAACAUUUCCCCGUGUUUCAUCUGCACUGAAGUCUCUGUUUUUACAUACUCGGGUUUUCUUCUUUGUUUCUUACUUUGAUGGUCCAUGCACUGUUAGAUACUACAGUUACACUCAUUACCAGAGGUAAAAGAUAUUGGACGGCGCUCUGAAUCCGGUGUUUUGAACUGAAAGCCUUGAAUUAUUUCCACCGGAGACUGGUGAAAUAAUGGACCAGAAAACAUGGAUUUGGAGGAAAAAAGCUUCGGAGAAAAUCAUUCUUUCAACUGACAAAGUAGACCUGUCAGUGGAAGACAAUAAAGACGAGAUACAGACACUUGUUGAGGAUCGAAGAGCAUUGGAGAAUGAGCUGAAAAUUUUGAAUAACAAGCUUUCUUCUGCACUUUCUGAAUGUAAUUCCAAAGAUGAAUUUGUGAAGAAACAUGAAAAGAUGGCAAUGGAAGCUGUUGUUGGCAAGGAAAAGGUAGAAGUGGAAGCAGUUCUUCUAAAGCAAGAACGCGAUGAAGCUUUGCAGAUGAGGGUUGCUUGCGAAGAAAGGCUAACUCGUCUCGAUGCAGCCCUCAAGGAAUGCAUGCAGCAACUACGGUUCGUUCGAGAAGAGCAGGAGCGGAGGAUCCAUGACGCUGUAACAAAGGCCUCGAAUGAGUUUGAGAAAUCACAGAAGACAUUGGAGGCACGAUUGGCGGAGUCGAGUAAAAGGGUUACAAAAUUAGUAGCUGAGCAUACUAAUCUCAGUAAGGCCCUGUUAGCAAAGGAAAAACUGAUUGAUGAUUUAUACAAGCUAAGGGCUCAAAUGGAGACAGAUUUUAAUGCACUAAUGACAAGAGUAGAGUCCACAGAGAAAGAUAAUGCUUCUCUGAAAUACGAGGUUCGAGUUCUUGAGAAGGAACUCGAGAUCAGGAAUGAAGAGAGAGAAUUCAAUCGUCAAACAUCUGAGGCAUCACACAAGCAACAUUUAGAAAGUGUGAAAAAAAUUGCUAAGAUGGAAUCGGAAUGUCAAAGGUUGCGGCUCCUAGUCCGGAAACGACUGCCAGGUCCUGCAGCCCUGGCUAAGAUGAAAAAUGAAGUUGAAAUGCUGGGAAAGGAUUCUAUUGAAAUGAGUAAGAGAAGGUUAGAUACUAGUCCCGGACAAGACUUCGUAACCGACAGUUAUUCAGACAGCCCGAGGAAGAGGAUUAAUAUCCUAAAUGAGCAAUUAUGUGCUAUGGAAGAAGAAAAUAAGGCUCUCAAAGAAGCCCUAAAUGAAAAAACGAGCGAACUUCAAUUUUCGAGAGUCAUGUAUGCACGCACAGCUUCAAAAUUAUCGGAGGUUGAGACACAGAUUGAAGAAUCAGCAAAAAGUGAGGCAAACAGUGAAGCAACCAGGAAUAUUGCAAUGCCACAUGAGGUUUCUCUGGCAUCAAUGUUUGAUGUUGGCAGCAAUCGUAAAGCCGGCACUGCAGAAUCCUGGGCUUCGGAGCAAUUCAAGAAUAGACAGACAAAAGAGUCGUUAUCUCGCAGAACUGUUGGAUCUUCAGAAAUAAAUCUGAUGGAUGACUUUGUUGAAAUGGAAAAACUAGCUUUAGUUUCUGUUGAUCAACCCUCUGUAAAUUCUCAUGUUUCUUCAAAUGAAGCUAAUAGGACCCUUGGACCCUUGCAACCUGGUUCAAGUGGAAAUUCAUUGGAGGUAAUGUGUAUGGAGAUAGUCCCUGUUACUUACGGUCAGUCCGACCAAAGCUUGUCGAACAAUGAAACGAAGUCCCAAAGCCCCUCGCUUAGCAAUGGUACUGAUUGGCUUCGGGAAAUACUUAAGGUGAUCUUGGAGCAAAGCAAUGCAACUCAAAGAAACCCUGACGAAAUACUCGAGGAUAUUAGAAAAGCUUUGGCCUGCAUGAACUAUCCAAACACUGGUGAAAAUUUUUAUGAAAGGGAGGGUUUAGACCAUCCGAGUGCCUCGGGUCCCUCUUGUAUUAGUGGCUACUUCUCAUGGAAACCUUCAAAUGGUUCUUCACAGAUGGAUUUGUCUAAUCGGGAUGCUGAUGUUAACAUCUGCUCGGAAGAUAAGAGCAACCAGCAGUUUCAUCCUGAUUUGAGUAAAUCGAUUUGCAGGAUAAUCGAGCUUAUCGAAGGGAUCAAUAUAUCAUCGGCAGACAAUAAUAUCCCGGAGUCCUUAUUCAAGGGGAAGAACUCUUCAUCACACAAGCACUCAGAAACACCAUCUGGCUACACAGUUCAUGUUUACCAGUGGAAAGCUUCCGAACUUGAUGCUGUUUUACAACAAUUUGUGCGUGCUUGUCAUGAGCUGUUGAAUGGAAAGACAGGUCUCAACAAAUUUAUCCAAGAAUUAACUUCUGCGCUGGACUGGAUCAUUAAUCAUUACUUUUCCCUCCAACACUUUUCAAGCAUAAGAGAUGCGAUUAAGAAGCAUUUCGACCGGGAUGAAGUGCAAAGUGAAACUGAAGCAGAAGUUGGAAUAGUCAGUCAGUUUGCAGAGGCAGAUAAAUUACACUUCACAGUUCUGAAUGGCAACAAUGACUUCCUUCAAAAGGAGCACAACGUGAAAGAAGAAAAUCAAAAACUAAGAGACGAGUUGGAAGCUGAAAAGAAACACCUGGAAGAUAAGCUCCAAUCAACCACAAAUAGGAGUGACUCCCUGUCGAAUCAACUUGAGGAAUCUGAAAAAACCAUUGCAAACAUGCAGGCAGAAUUGGAUACUUUGAGAAGAACGCAUGAAAUGGAUGAAGGUCGAGUUCAAAAGCAGCAGUCGAUAAACAAAAACCUCAAUAAUCAACUUUCAUUGACCAAAAUUGAACAAAAUGAGGCUCGUGAGAAGUUUCAUUCUCAAGACCUGGAUUCUGAGAACAAAAAUUACUGUCAUGAAGAAUUGGAGGUCACAUGUAUUGACAGUGUGACAGAAAAGGAAAUCUCAAACUCUGAAAUCAAGAAGCUAGAGAAUCAGUUUCGAACUGACUGGGAGAUUGCAGCUGCUUCAGAAAAGUUGGCUGAGUGCCAAGAGACUAUUUUAAACUUGGGAAAGCAGUUGAAGGCAUUGGCAUCUCCAAAGGAAUCAGUCCUUUUCGACAAGGUUGUCCCCACUCCAACAGAGACCAUCACUCCAACUUCAACUGCAAUCCCAACUCCAUCAACGAAGACAUUGACGAGCCAAAGAUAUUCUCUACUAGAUCAAAUGAUAGCUGAAGAUAAUGCCGAACCAAAUGAUCUUGUGUCUCCUAAGACCAAAGAAAAAGUCGAUUCCGAUUCAUCAUUCCUUUCUAACAGGACGGUAGCAUAUCUAGACAGCAUCGUAGUUUCGAAUGGAGAUAAACAUCAGGAUGACAAUGCUGCAGUGAAAUCUUUAGCAAUUGUUCCUAGCAAAAAACAAGGUGUGAGUUUAUGGAAAAAGCUCUUGUGGAGAAAAACAAAAAGUAAGAGCAAGAAAACAUCUCUUCCAUUCGCGGCAUAGACUUAAAUAUAAAAGUGGCGAUAAGGAAGAUCUAAGGCUUUUGUCACGGUUUUUUAUUUUUGGUUUCUCUCUCGUGUUUUGUGCGAUAAUGAAUAAAGGUU